CUUCACCAACGUUCACUCAUUCACCCACCCAUCCAUCUUUCCACCCCUCCUUCCAUCUAUCCAUCUCUUCAUCGGUCACGAGUAGUCAGUCAAUCCAUCACCACUCACUCGCAAGCCUACCCCCACCCCCUCUACCUCUGCUCCUCCUUGUUCUCGCUCUCUCGACCUCCUCUCUCGCUGUCACUUUCCCUCCUCUCUCCAUCUGCCCUUCCAUCACAUCCUUCCGAAGCCUGUGCCGCACCCCUGCCUCCGUGCCCCGCUUGUCACUUGGACAUUAGCGGAACCUCGGCCACCGCCCUCCAACCCUUUCACGCUCUAUGACAGCGCUCAACAUCGACUAACAGGUAUCAGUCCUCGCCAGCAACAUCUUCGCCGCUGGGUUUCGUUCUCAACCCAACCUCGCUGCAUUCCCAUUUUCCACCGCAGACAGCAUACCGGCCAUGUCCCAAUGGUCACAAGCUUCCCUAACGCCUUCCCGGCCCGCCCCACCUCCGCCCGGAGCCCGUGGAUCUCCAUCCAGCUUGCCACCUUCGUCUCGAGCUCCGCCAAGGCAGCAGGGGACCGCAGCGUACUCCUCACGCACUUAUGCGAGCUCCUACCCCGUCCUUCACAACUCGGGCGCAACGCCGUCUAAUGAGGCUAUCAGUGCGAUCGUUCGGACAGGGGCUGCUAGCAUCAAAGAGGAAGGCCUUAGGUCCUUCUUGUGGAGUAAGAAAUGGCUCGUUUUGACAAUGAGCGAGCUUCAGAUCUUCAAGAAUGAGCAAUCGUCAUCCCCUUCCUUCGUUUUGCAGCUUGUCGACGUUGUCGAUGUCCAACGUGUCGAUUACAAGCCCUUCUGCAUUGAGGUCGAGGCCAAGGACAAGUUGAUAUAUUUCGCCUUCCGUUCAGACGAAGAGGUGUACGGCUGGAUGGAAGACAUCUACUCGCGCUCCCCCCUCAUGGGCGUCAGCCAACCCACCAACUUCGUUCAUCAGGUGCAUGUCGGCUUUGAUCCAGUAUCUGGAGGGUUCACUGGACUUCCGCCGCAGUGGUCCAAGUUGCUUACAUCGUCCGCUAUUACGAAGGAAGAGGCUGCCCGCCACCCAGAAGCUGUCCUUGACGUCCUUCAGUUCUACACGAAUCAGCAAAUGAUGCAGUCUGAUUAUCCUCCGCCCUCCGCACAAAUAUCAGAGCGGCAACAACCCUCAUCGGCGCCACGAUUUGUCGAUGGCACCGGAUUCCGCAUGCAACAGUCUAGCCAGCCGCAAACUACACCGAAAGAGGCACACCCAGCCCCGCCUUCGUAUCCGAGGCAAAUGGAUGUUGCUCGCGACGAGUCUAAGCAGCAGCCGAAACCUCAACUCUCCGCGGGUCGCGUGGCCCCUGCUCCACCCCGUCCCCCUGCUGCUCCAUCCUCAAAGGCUACUGAACAGAAGGUGGCUCCAUCUGUCGCGCCCAAGGCACCGUCCUCUCAACAGCGAAGCAAGCCCGCUGAGACGGGGUCAACUCCAGCCACGCCCACUGCGGCAGCGCCUGCCGCCUCUCGCCCAGCGGAGCGACGGAUCAGCACAAUGAACGAAGCUCAGAUUAUGGACAAACUGCGAUCGGUGGUAAGCUCUGACGAUCCGCACUCACUGUAUGCCAAGAUCAAGAAAGUGGGACAGGGGACGCUGGCGACGAACAAGAAGGUGGCCAUCAAGCAGAUGGACCUCGCUCAACAGCCCCGCAAGGAACUGAUCGUCAACGAGAUUAUCGUCAUGAAAGAGUCUCAGCACCCCAACGUCGUCAACUUCUUAGAGGCAUUUUUGGUGAAGAAUACUGAGCUCUGGGUUGUCAUGGAGUACAUGGAGGGCGGCGCUCUCACGGACGUCAUCGAGAACAAUAAACUAGCAGAGGAUCAGAUUGCCUCGAUUUGUCUGGAAACUUGCCGCGGCCUGCAGCAUCUGCAUUCACGUUCCAUUAUUCAUCGUGACAUUAAGUCCGACAACCUUCUGAUGAACGCCUUUGGCGAGGUCAAGAUCACCGACUUCGGGUUCUGUGCGAAACUCACUGACCAGAAGUCGAAGCGGGCGACUAUGGUUGGAACCCCAUACUGGAUGGCACCGGAAGUUGUGAAACAGAAAGAGUACGGCCCGAAGGUGGAUAUCUGGUCGCUGGGCAUUAUGGCCAUCGAGAUGAUCGAGAACGAGCCACCAUAUCUCGACGAAGAGCCCCUAAAGGCCCUCUACCUCAUCGCUACCAAUGGUACACCGACGCUCAAGCAGCCCGACAAGCUGAGCCAGGACUUGAAGCACUUCUUGAGCGUGUGUCUCUGUGUGGACGUUAAUUUCCGCGCUACAUCGACCGAGCUGCUCAAGCACGAUUUCCUGCGGCUGGCAUGCCCGGUAAAGGAUCUUGCACCGCUGUUGCGAUUCCGUCAGGCACUGGGAUAAGGGUGGGCACUGGGAUAGGUGGAUGGGGUGGAGGUCAACAAUUCGUUGUGCCACAAAGUAAUUCCGAAAACGCCGGUCUCUCCGCCAUAGGUUUUCAUGCACACCGAUU